ACUCACAGGGGUAGGACAUAAGAUAAACUCUCUGAAAACCGUUUAGUCCAGAUUAUGGCUGAGGACGUGAUUUACGCAACGCCCAACAUGAAGACCAAGGCCAGGUACACACAAGGAGAGAGAGAGGAGAGGAUAGUGGACAUCUACGCUAGCCUGGAGAGCCUCGGAGAUCCACACCAGGACAGGACAGAGGAGUCCUCCAAGUCUCUGGGAACAGGAAGAAGUCAGCGGCCGGACGCUGUGAGCCCUCCUAGGUGUCCUAUCAGGGCUGUGGUGGUGCUUCUGGGCCUACUGUCUGUUGUCCUGCUGGCUGGACUGCUUGGGUUGGCCAUUAAAUACAAGACCGACGUGGAGCAUCAUUUCCUAACGAUCAAGAAUUUGACAGAACAGAGAGACUCACUGCUUUGUAAACAGUGCUGUCCAGAUGGUUGGAAGAAGUUUGGUUGUAAAUGUUACAAGGCUUCCGACACGUAUCUAUCCUGGAAUAAGAGCAGGGAGUUCUGUGUUUCCCGCGGAGCAGAUCUGGUGGUUGUGGACAGUAAAGAGGAGAUGGACUUCAUUAGAGGGUACAACUUGUACUUCUGGCUCGGAGCGACAGAUGAGGCCGUUGAAGGGACGUGGAGAUGGGUUGAUGGGACCGUCCUGUCACUGGAUGACCCCAACUGGAGAGGGGGACCUCAAGGUGGUGAGGACAAGAACUGCUUAAGGAGGGCCUGGGAGCAGAACCAAUUUAAAUGGACAGAUGAGAGCUGUGAAACCACAAGCUGGGGGCUCUGUGAACAAAAUUUAAUGAAAUGA